CUUUAUAACGCCUGUUCUAUUGUGGAUGUUGUUCCUGUCGCCGACGUUUUGCAGAUCGGCGCCUGUUGAAGAGGAAAGUGAUGGUGACAUAGAGGAAGCAGAAUACGAAGGCGAAGAUGCAGCCGUGAUAGACGACGCUGUAGACGAUGGAGAUGCUCGACUUGACAGUCAGGCUCAGUUUUCAGACUACAAGAAAUCAAGUGGUCAGACCGCAAAUUUAUUAAAAUCGAAUGACGAUAUUCGUGUACUUCAUAGAUUCCAGCAGCCUAAUAGAUACAUUGAAAGUGAUACAAAUGAUCAAUCUGAAAUAUCACAACAUUUGACUAAUCGCGACGUUAAUAACUUUAAAGAAAAUCAUAUGCAACAAGGCGUACCAGACGAAUUUAACAAACCAACGAUUCAGCAAAUUGAUUCUAGCAAUGAAGACGAUGCUUUUUUUGAAAAUAGAAAUCGAGCUCAGUUAAAUAAUCUUUCGAAAAAUAUAUAUAAUAAUGAAGUUGCUGAUUCAAAUGAAUCUCCGCGUUUUUCAAAUCAGUAUCGUAAUAUAGUUCAAAAAGCUAAGAAAAGAGCCAACAAUGAUAAAACUUCUGAUAAUAUACAUUAUAAAUUAAACAGAGGCAAACGCCGAACGGAGGAGGUAUAUAUGCAGGAAACUGAAUUGUCAUCUGAUAUGCCCAAUAAAGAGAGCAGUGAUGAAAGUAUUGAUGAAAGUGACGAAUCGGCUAUUAAAAGGCACAUAAAAAAAUUAUCCGGAGAAGAACUGAAAGAGCUUCUAAAUUCUCUUUCGGAAGACAAAAAAGUGCUUCUUAACAAAAUUAUCGAAAAUGAUCAAAACGCUGAAAAUAUCAAUAAGCGGGAAAUUACAAAAAAAGCAGGAGCCAUUGAAGAAAAUAUUUAUUUAGAAAGUGGGAUUUCAGAUUCUAGCAAAAUACUAAGUAGCAGUGCAUUAGUGGAUAGUACUGAAACUGUAUCGUCACGAAAUACUAACACAACAGAAAAUACUAAAGAACCUGAGAAUCAAUCGGAAGUACCUGAAGUAUCAACAGUUAAAAAUAACCACCCUGAAUCAUUCGAGAGUAAAAGAGAAAUAAAAAGCUCCAUUGACGAAGUAAACCAAAAACAUGCAGAUGAAAAUUCGAAUAAUUGUGCACUUACUACCAUUAAUAAAAAUGAAGCUAAUGUCGAAUCAAAUGCUCAAGUAACUUCUAAAAAUGAAAAUAAAAGAGAAAUUGCUGUAGAUGAAUUGGCUAACAUUGAUGUAUCUUUUGAUAACACAAAAUACAAUAAUGAUUUAAACUUAAUAGAUUCACUGGAUCCUUCCAUUGAGCAAAAUUAUGUGUGUCCCCAAGAUGAAGAUUUAUCGGAACUAAGGGACGACGAAACUCAGCCAUAUAAUUCAGGUCAUAAUAAUAAACGUGAUACGUAUACUGAGAAUGAAAUUGAUUUAACUGACUCAAUAAAAUCUUUAGAAGAGUCAUUCCCAAAAGAAAAUGGUUAUGACGAAUCAAAUCGGUAUUCUGAGUCGAAUUUAGUACCUUUAGUUAGAGUUAAAAGAAAAAAUGAUGAAGUGGCUGUGCAAAAAAGAGCUUUAGCUAUAUUUCCAGAUACUAAGGUGGCAUAUUGCCCUUAUAAAGCUGAGAAUGUUGACGAAGACAAUGAUGAAGGCAACGAAUUUGAAGACGAUGGAUUUUAUGACAAAACAUCUAAUUAUGCAAAAAAUAACUUGAUUAGCAAACUUGCCGAAGAUUCUCGAUCUAAAGUUCGUUCUAAUUUGCAUGUCAAUGUUAAAAAUGAUAUUAAUCUCGGAUCAGAUACUGAUAAUGUAUUAUCAGGUGUUGAAGGAGUAGAUGAUAAUCUGAUGUAUAACAGCGGUUCCCGGAAAAGACGCAAUACAAAAGAUAAUACUGAGCUCUACAAAUCAGAAAAGGCUGCCCCAUUAAUUGACGAAAUGAAAACAUUUUCAAGCACUCAUGAAAAUAUGCUCAGUUACCAAUCAAAUGAUGCUUUUGGUCCUUUGCCACAAAAUUCUGAAGGUGAUUUAGGACGCAACAAACGAAUAAGACAUUUAAAGUCCUUGUCUGACCAUUAAACUGGCUGUUAUUACUGACUAACGAUUAAAGUAAACUUUAAUGUAAUUAAAGCUUUAAGUAGAUACUUUAACAGGUUCACGUCAAAAUUGUCAGUUCUACUUGAAACUAAAAACUAUAAACCACUUGACCAGUGUUAUGAUACUCGUAAUAGGAUUACAUUGUCAUUUUGAAAUAGAGUGAAAUUUGAAUGGUUAGUAUA